AUCGAAUGAAAUGUCAUAACAAAAAUAAGAAACUAGGUAUACAGUGCAUUGCAGGAUUUUCAGAGUUGCUUACAAAUUCAACUUAAUUUGAAAAUAUAACUUAAAAAUGUCUGAUGAUGAAGUGAUACGAUUUGAAAUCACUGACUAUGAUUUGGACAAUGAAUUCAAUCCAAACAGAAACCGGCGAGCAAAGAAAGAGCAGCAAAUUUACGGUGUAUGGGCUAAGGAUAGUGAUGAAGAUGACAACGAAGACAAUAUCAGGCAAAGAACUCGGAAACCAAAAGACUUCUCAGCGCCCAUUGGCUUCGUGGCUGGUGGGGUUCAACAGGCAGGCAAGAAGAAAGAAGAAAAGAAAGAAAUACAAUCAUCUGAAGCUUCCACAUCCCGUCCGAAGUUUGCACCAGACAGUUCCGACGAAGAUGAGAAGCCAAGUAAUCCCGCUGAGAGUGAGACGGCAGGCAUUAGAAGAGCAGGACAGGGCAUGAGACCAGUUAACUUUGGAGGGAAUAUGGGGAACUGGGAGAAACACACCAAGGGUAUUGGAGCCAAGUUGUUGUUACAGAUGGGUUACCAACCAGGUAAAGGUCUGGGCAAAGACCUGCAGGGAAUAUCGGCGCCAGUAGAAGCGACCCUCAGGAAGGGGAGAGGAGCUAUUGGUGCUUACGGGCCGGAAAAAUCUGCACAAAAGGCAAAGAGAGAGGAAGAGAAGCGCCUGAAAGAGAAAGAGGAUCAAGAGAAGAGUGCAACAGAGAAAUCUUACAACUGGAAGAAGUCGCACAAAGGACGGUACUUCUAUAGGGAUGCUGCUGACGUCAUUCAAGAAGGGAAACCCUCGAUGCAUACUGUUGUCACCAAUGAGUUGUCCCGCGUGCCGGUGAUCGACAUGACGGGCAAAGAGCGGCGCGUGCUGAGCGGCUACCACGCGCUGCGCGCCGCCGCGCCGCGCUUCGAGCACGAGCCGCGGCGUCGGCUGCGGCACUUCGCUGCUACUGCGCUUGCGCACAACCUGCAGCUCAUGGUCGACUGCUGCGAACAGGACAUAAUUCAAAACGCUCGAGAGUUAAAAACAGCAGAAGACGAGAUUGUAGUCCUGGAGAGGGACUUAGAAGAGUGCAACAUGAAGUUGAAAGAGCACGAUGUAGUCAUAGACAAAAUGCAGGAGAUAUUGCGGAGAGUGGAGGCUUUGGACAAACCUGAUGUUUCUUUGGAAGAUGCUUAUGAGGUGUUGGCAGAGUUGAAGGAAAGCUUCCCCCUGGAGUACGAAACUUUCGGCCUCGGCACAAUCGCGGGCACCAUCGUCAGUCCGCUGCUCAGCGCGCUGUUGGCGCCCUGGGACCCGCUCACGGCGCCCGACGAGCCAGUGCAAGUGUUUAGCAAAUGGCGCAAGUUGCUCACCGACGAAGCGUAUAACAGCUUGCUGUGGCAACAUUAUGUCCCACAUUUGAACACUGCUGCCGAAUCGUGGAAUCCCCGCGACCCAACGCCUAUGUUACGGGCGUUAACGUGUUGGUCAGACGUGUGUCCCCCGUGGAUCGUGAGCAACUGGUGCGCCCGCUGCGUGACCCCCCGCCUGCUGGCCGGCGUGCGGGCCUGGGACCCCACGGGGGACACUCUGCCGCUGCACACGUGGGUCUUACCCUGGCACCCUCAUAAUGGGGAGUCCCUCGCCCGUUCCGUGUACCCCGCCAUCCGCAGCCGGCUGGCGUCGGCGCUGGCGGCGUGGCACCCCGCCGACGGCUCCGCUCGGCCGCUGCUGGCCGCCUGGCGCGGCGCCUGGGGCUCCGCCCUCACGGCGCUGCUGCACCAGCACAUUGUGCCCAAGCUGGAGCACUGCCUGCAGAUGGCGCCUUUGGAGCUCGUCGGCAGGGAAAAUGGUGAGUUUUCGGCGUGGCUAUGGUGCGUUGACUGGCUGGAGCUGCUUGGCGCUCCUACUGUGGCAGCCAUUGCGUCCAGGGCGUUGUUGCCGAGAUGGCUGGCAGCGUUGGCGGCAUGGCUCAACACAAAUCCGACUCACGCCACUGUGCUCAACUCGUACACUGACUUCAAAAAAAUGUUCCCCGAGGAAGUAUUGAAGGAGCCAGCGGUUCGCGACGCGUUUAGGAAAGCCCUGGACAUGAUGAACAGGAGCACUGACAUCGAGACUGUGGAGCCCCCCCCUCCGCCCCGCUUCACCGUCACAGACACAAAGGAAACGUCUAGAAUCGCCGACGUGUUAUCUUCGACUACCCAACAAAAAAGUUUUUCCGAGUUAUUAGAAUCUAGAUGUAUAGAAAAGGGGAUAACUUUUGUACCUAUAGCCGGGAAGACAAGGGAAGGUCGGCCGUUGUAUAAGAUAGGGGAUUUGCAGUGUUACGUUAUAAGAAAUGUUAUUAUGUAUUCCAAUGAUGGCGGACGGACUUUUGGACCGGUCAGUAUGGAGCGACUGCUUAAUAUGGUUGAAGAAUGAAAUAAAUAC